AUGGAGAUGAAUGCAAGGAGACUCUUUUCUGUGAAGCUGAAUGAUGGAUACUUCAUGCCUACCCUGGGACUUGGCACCUCGGCUCCCCAUGAGGUUGCUAAGAGUAAGGUGGAGGAAGCCAUCGAGACAGCAAUUGAUGUGGGUUAUCGCCACAUUGAUUCAGCUUAUGUAUACCUAAAUGAGGUGGAGGUUGGGAGAGCCAUCCAGAAGAAGAUUGCCGAUGGCACUGUGAAGAGAGAUGACAUAUUCCUCACUUCGAAGCUGUGGGCCUCCUUUUCCUGCCCAGAACUGGUCCAAAGUAGCUUGGAAAUGUCGCUGAGGAAACUUCAGCUGAGCUAUGUGGAUCUUUUUCUUAUUCAUUUUCCAACAGCUCUGAAGCCUGGGGAGGAGAUUCUCCCAAAGGACUCACAUAGAAAACUCAUUUUUGACAGGAUGGAUCUCGGCAGUGUGUGGGAGGCCCUGGAGAAGUGUAAGGAGGCAGGAUUGGCCAAGUCCAUUGGUGUGUCCAACUUUAACUGCAGGCAGCUGAAGAUGAUCCUGAACAAGUCAGGGCUCAAGUACAAGCCUGUCUGCAACCAGGUGGAAUGUCACCUGUACCUCAACCAGAGCAAGCUUCUGGAAUUCUGCAAGUCUGAGGACAUUGUCCUCACUGCAUGUGCUGCUCUGGGCUCCGACCCCAGGAAACAUUGGGUGAGCCAGGACAACCCAGUUCUCCUGGAGGACCCAGUACUCAAUGUCAUUGCCGAAAAGCACCAGCGAACCCCAGCUCAGGUGGCCCUGCGCUACCAGCUGCAGCGGGGCGUGGUGGUCUUGGCCAAGAGCUUCACUGAGAAAAGAAUCCGAGAGAACUUCCAGGUUUUUGAUUUCCAGUUGACACCAGAGGAUAUGGAAACUCUAGAUGGCCUCAACAGGAACAUGCGUUAUCUUAAAUUUUCUUUAUUUGCUGACCACCCGGAUUACCCAUUUUAUGAUGAAUAUUAA